GAGAACAAGAGGAGACACAAUUCACUGCACUCGCCUUGGCGGCACUCCGCGUCAGGCGUGCGAAUGUGCGAUUAUCUCUCUCGAAAAUCUCUCUCUCUCUCUCUCGGAAAUCAAUCUCUCUCUCAUAGUUUCAAAAACCGCUGCUUGAGCCACUAGUUUUCCUCACCCGCACACCUUUUCUGCCGUCAAUUUCACUACAUUUCGAAAUACAUACAUUUUGAAUGUAUAAAGCCCUAAUUUCAUCCACAUUUCCUCUUCUAAACUCACUUUCACAAACUUUGGCUCUCCGAUCGGCUUCUUUGUACUUGCUUACCAAUUGCAACUUAUCAUCAUCAAACUUCUCUCAUUGCCAUCGGUUUACUACAUAUAUGGCUAGCGAAGCUCUCGCAAAUCCUACUAAUGGAAGUGGCAUUACACGCCCUGAUCCACAAAGAACUUAUCAGGUUGUGGUUGCUGCAACCCAAAAUAUGGGUAUCGGUAAGGAUGGUAAAUUGCCCUGGAGGUUACCUUCUGACAUGAAAUUUUUCAAGGAUGUCACCAUGACUACAUCAGAUCCUUUGAAAAGGAAUGCAGUCAUAAUGGGUAGGAAAACUUGGGAAAGUAUUCCCAUUCAACAUCGCCCUCUGCCCGGACGUCUUAAUGUUGUUUUGACUCGUUCUGGGAGUUUUGAUAUUGCAACUGUCGAAAAUGUCGUAAUAUGUGGUAGCAUGAUUUCUGCUUUGGAAUUAUUAGCAGGAUCUCCUUAUUGUGUUUCAGUUGAGAAGGUUUUUGUCAUUGGGGGUGGCCAGAUAUAUAGGGAAGCUCUCAAUGCUCCUGGAUGUGAUGCAGUCCACAUCACUGAAAUUGAAGAACACAUAGAAUGUGAUACCUUCAUUCCUCUUCUCGAUGAAUCAGUUUUUCAGCCAUGGUACUCAUCAUUCCCAUUGGUGGAGAACAAAAUUCGUUAUUGUUUCACGACUUAUGUUCGUGUGAGGAAUUCUGUUGCGGAGCUCACAAGUCAGACCAACGGUCUGUCAUCUGAUAGUAAAUCAGAUUCUGGUAAUUUUGAAAUUCAGAAUUUCUCUUUUCUUCCCAAGACAGUUUUUGAGAAACACGAGGAGUAUUUGUAUCUGGGAUUGGUUGAGAAUAUCAUUUCUAAUGGUGUGACAAAGAAUGAUAGGACACGUACUGGUACUGUCUCUAUAUUUGGUUGCCAGAUGCGGUUUAAUUUGCGCAAAUCUUUUCCACUCCUCACAACUAAGAAAGUGUUUUGGAGGGGAGUUGUUGAGGAACUACUGUGGUUCAUUAGUGGCUCAACUAAUGCUAAGAUUCUAAAAGAGAAGGGCGUUAAUAUUUGGGAAGGCAAUGGAUCAAGGGAGUAUCUUGACAGUAUUGGUUUGACGGAUAGAGAAGAAGGUGACUUGGGGCCUAUAUAUGGUUUUCAGUGGAGACACUUUGGUGCAAGGUAUACUGAUAUGCAUGCUGACUACUCAGGCCAGGGAUUUGAUCAGUUGCUAGAUGUUAUUUCAAAGAUAAAAAAUAAUCCUGAUGAUAGGAGGAUCAUUCUAUCAGCUUGGAAUCCAUCUGAUCUCAGGCUAAUGGCACUUCCACCCUGUCACAUGUUUGCACAGUUCUAUGUAGCCAAUGGCGAGUUAUCUUGUCAAAUGUAUCAGCGCUCUGCUGAUAUGGGUCUCGGUGUUCCAUUCAACAUUGCAUCAUAUGCACUUUUGACAUGCAUGAUUGCUCAUGUUUGUGACCUGGUUCCUGGAGAUUUUGUUCAUUCUAUUGGUGAUGCUCAUGUCUACUGCAACCAUGUCAGACCUCUUCGAGACCAGCUUCAGAAGUUGCCUAAGCCAUUUCCGGUUUUGAAGAUCAAUUCUGAGAAAAGGGACAUUGACUCAUUUGAGGCUGCUGAUUUCAAACUCAUUGGUUAUGAUCCGCACCAGAAAAUCGAAAUGAAAAUGGCAGUAUAAGCUGUUGUUCUCAGGAACAGGAACGGAUACUAGGAAUUUUGGCAGUGAUCUGUAUCCGCUGGGAAGAAAAAACAUUAGAAUAUUGUUACAUGAAUAUACCUUAGACACAUGUAGGUACUGGGAAUCCUUUAGUUCUACAGACAGUGGUUCUAAGGUGAUUUAGGAUAUGUUAUCUGACUUUCUGGUUUGGCUGUCCAUUGGAACUUUCAGUUUAUGUUUGUGUUUACUUCCCCUGCCUUGAAAAUGUUUAAAUUUGUGGAAGGUCUUGUGUUGGAUGUUUCAAUGGUUAAGUUUUGUGUUUGUUUA